CAACAGUCCAGCUACCGCAGCAGUACAUUGCAAGCACGUCCUUGAUGUGUGGUCAUCUUCGUUGCUGAACGGCUGGUCGACUCGGUUCAAGAGGCUCAUGACAAGUAAUUUGGUUCAGUUCAAAUCUACGGUGUAUCCUGAAUGGUUCACCCACCGCAUCGCUCCCUGGGUGCAUUACAUCCCCAUCCAAACUGACUACUCUGACCUGUACGACGCGUUUCCCCUCUUUUGCGGACUCGAGCGCGCACCGUGCACAUGAAGACCUUGCAAAGAAGAUUGCGAGGGCCAGGGAGUAGGAUUUGGGAUUUUGGAGGAGGGGAGGGUAUGGUCGCUUAUCUGUAUACGUGAGUAGGUGUGUGCGCACGAAGGGUUGCGUUGCGUUGAAUG